CACCCCGCGUUUGAUCGGACAGCGACGCACUUGGCUGCGUUUCCUCUGUCCAUCUGUGCUGAACUAUGGCAUACGUUCAACCUAUUGUAUCCUCUGAUGCGGUCUUCAAGGAUGAUAUCUUUAAGGGGAAGGUCUUAUUUUGCACGGGUGGAGGCUCGGGGAUCUGUAAAAGCAUGACGGAGGCAGUGAUGCGUCAUGGUGCAGACGCCGUCAUAGUCGGACGAAAGUUAGAGCGCCUCACUCAGACCGCCGAGGAGCUGUCCCGAGCAACGGGCAGGACGUGUCUGCCGGCGCAGGCGGAUGUAAGACAUCCGAAACAGAUCCAAGAAGCAGUCGCAAAAACAAUCGAGAAAUUUGGGAGAAUCGACUUUGUCAUAUGCGGCGCUGCGGGCAACUUCUUGGCGCCUAUCUCAGGAUUGUCUGAGAAUGGCUUUAAAACGGUUAUAGAGAUUGACACGCUUGGCACGUACAAUACCAUCAAAGCCACCUUGCCGCAUGUUCGAGCGAGCAAAGGGUCCUAUAUCCAUGUCAGUGCCACAUUACACUACCGAGGUACACCCUACCAGGUGCACGUCUCCGCUGCCAAAGCUGCGGUAGACGCCACUUCAGCUGUCCUCGCAGUCGAAGAAGGCCCGCAUGGAGUGCGGUCCAAUGUCAUUGCUCCAGGUCCCAUUGCAGGAACCGAAGGCGCGGACCGUCUGACGCCGAAGGAAGCUAACGGCAGCAUGGGACCAAUGCCCGCUGGGCGGUGGGGCGAUGUCAAAGACAUUGCUAAUGCUACCAUAUUUCUCUUUAGUGAUGCUGCUAGCUUCAUCUCGGGGCAGGUGAUCGCAGUCGACGGAGCAUCUGAGCAUCUGCGACCGACGCAGCUUCCCUACCCGCAAUCCGUGCUAGACCCCUCGUCUAUGACGAAGUUAAUAAAAGCUAGGAUGUAAUGGACCUCUAGCCUUUCUGGUAGUACGUUGUGCAUCAUUAUGCUGUAUAUUCCCAUUUAUAUGAUUCGUGGAGGCAAUAUCAUAGAUAAGAUAUCAACAGCG